AUGGAGGGCGACGCGAAGCGGCGCUUCUACGGAGAGGAACAGCAGCAGGAGGAGCACAGCGCCCUCGACUGGCAGAUGAUGAAGCUACGCCUCCCGGUCCUGUUCCUCUCGCUGCUGCUGCUCAGCGUCUCAUUGCUGCUGAGCAUCUGGUACAUGUACAGCUGGACGGGCUUCCUCGUUCGCGACCUCGAUGCACUCGGCAACUCGUCCGUCUUCAGGCCAAAGCCGGGGUCUGCUUCCGAUAAGAUCAACCACGUGACACUGUGCGGGCAACGGGGAGCGCUGCAGAACACGUCGAUGAUGCGCGUGCGCGACACCAAGAUAUUCUUGGUGUCGGCGUACCACGACCAGCGCGAGGCCGGUCAGAGCACACGCAUCAUCGGCAUCGCCAACCGGUAUGAGCCGGACGUGCUCUCCUGCCACUUCUGCUGCCGAGGGCACUCGGAGAUCCUGACGGUCACCGCCAGCGCCUACGUCCACUCGGAUCACUUUGACUUCCCGUACGGCACGGCCGACUUCCUGUGCACGGAGCCGCUGGACUGCGAGCCGGGACACGUGUCCGUCCAGCGCAUGCGCACAAUACCGGACGAGGAGGAGGCCGAGUGGGUCUUCAUGCCCGUGCGAAAUCGGCUCUACAUGCCCCCCACCUUCACACAGGAAUUCAGCGUCUGCAUCUCCACGCUCUUCGGGAACUACGGCAACGUCCUGCAGUUCGUGCAGGCGAUCGAAAUGUACCGCAUCUUGGGUGCGGGCCGCGUGACGGUAUACAACACAAGCUGCAGCUCUGAGCUGAACAAAGUGCUCCUCUACUACAUCAAGACCGGCCUCGUCGAGGUCGUUCAGUGGCCCAUCACGGACUACGUGUGGGUGUCCAGAGGGUGGCACUACCCCGAGCACCCAGGCGAGCUGCACUACUAUGGCCAGAUAGCGGCGCUGAACGACUGCGUGUAUCGGCACAUGUACAGCACGCGCUACCUGGUCCUCACGGACAUCGACGAAGUGAUCAUCCCUUUGAAGCACACAAACUGGAAGGACCUCAUGCGGUACUUGAACGACAAGUACGGCGCCGACAUUUACACAUUCGAAAACCACGUGUUUCCCUACACGGUAUCGGAAGAGUUUGGGUCGAAGUUCCAGGCGUGGAACGCCAUCCCGGGCGUCAACAUCAUGCGCCACAUUAGACGGGAGCCAAACCUGCCGGAGGUCUUCAACCCGACCAAGAUGAUCCUGAACCCACGCGCGGUGCUGCAGACGUCGGUGCACAGUACGCUCAACGCGCUGGGCAUCUCGCAGACGGUGCCCGGAGACAUCGCGAUCACGCACCACUACCGAUCGCCCAAGCAGCCCGACCUGCCGCUCGACUCGCUGGUCGUGGACCUCACGCUGUGGAGAUACAAUGCCACUCUGAUCAGAAAUGUCAACAAGGUCCUCAACAGGGUCUUCUGGAAUGAGUAGGCACAACGGGCGGCGGUGGCGGCGGCGGCGUUGAUUGUCGUCUUGCGUUUUUUGCGGUCUUGCAAUUUAAGUUAAACACCGGUGUUUGUGAGUUUUCCGUUUGCGAAUGUGGUCAAUGUAUGGGACAUAUUUAUUUGCUAAUCUUAUGAUUGCGUUUACAGUUAAAAUUUGUUAUCUUCAAUUUUUUUCUGCAUUUUAAUCCACCAGGGCACAAUAGGGUUUGUAUUGGUAUGUCUUAUGGAAGCUAGGGAAGUUAACAUUGGUUUAUUUUAAACCAAUCCUAAUUAUUUCUAUUGCUUUUGGGAGUACCACUCGAAAUGUUUUCAGGUUAAAACAUUUAAAAUGUGGCACAAAUUGAUUUAAAUAAAUGUUCAGUGUGCAUGUUCUACCAGUCUCUAAUGAGCUUAUUGUUUUCAUGACUCGUGUCCACGGAGGAUAGUCAAAUCCCAGAGGAUGGUGGCAGGAUUUUAAAAAGUAAAUCCUGUGGUGAUAAAAAAAAAUGUAC